CGUUGUACAGAGGAGUCCGCUUGAUCUAAUUUAGGUAUAUUUCUGUGUUUUGUUUUUGCAUUCUUAGCAAGUCUCCAGUAAACAAUGAAAGUUCUGUUGCUGAAAGAACCUAAAGAAAACGAAAAUGGACCAGAUCCAUACAUAAAAGAACUGGGCUUACACGGGCUUGAAGCAACUUUGAUCCCAGUUUUAGCAUUUGAAUUUAUUUCCCUUCAAGCUCUCUUCGAAAAACUUUCUCGUCCUGAACAGUAUCGUGGGCUGAUUUUUACCAGUCCAAGAGCCGUAGAAGCACUCAAGUUAUGCUUGGGAAAUAAUUGUAAAGAAGAAGCUUGGAAAAAUUUUCUGGGAGAAAAAUGGAAUACUAAAUCAGUUUACGUAGUAGGAAAAGCUACUGCUGGGUUAGUGGGUGAAAUAGGCCUUGUGCCACAAGGAGAAAACUGUGGAAAUGCUGAAAAACUAGCAGGAUACAUUUGUUCCCGGGAGCCAUCCAGUUCAUUGCCUCUGCUUUUCCCUUGUGGAGCUCUCAAGAGGGAAACUCUCCCAACAAUACUUAGAGAAAAAGGUAUUGUAUUGGAGAGCCUUACUGUUUAUCAAACUAGUCAACAGCCUAAUCUUCACGAAUCCUUAAGGAAUUACUUCUCACAACAGGGUGUCCCUGCAAGUGUUGCAUUCUUCAGUCCAUCUGGUGUCAAAUAUUGUCUGAAGCAGAUUCUGAAAUUAUCUGGUGAUCUCUUGCCCCACAUUAAGUUUGCCGCCAUAGGCCCAACAACAGCUGAAGCUAUGGCUACUGAGGGAAUCGUUGUGAGCUGUACUGCCAUCAACCCUACUCCACAAGAUCUCACCGCUGGUAUUAAAAGAAGCCUCCACUUGUAG